CACUUGACGGGAUGAGCCCUGGGUGUUAUUCUGUAUGUUGGUAAAUUGAACACCAAUAAAAAAUAAAUUUAUUAUUAAAAAAAAAAAGAAAAUAGUGCUUCCUGAUAAUGGAGGUGCAAAUAUUUCCUGGACAUAUUCUUCUAUUUUCUAUGGAUACAGUCCCAGGAGUGGAACUGCUGAAUCAUAAUGGUAGUUCUAUCUUUGAAUUUUAAGGAACCACCAUAAGUUUUGCAUAGUGAAUGUACCAAUGUGCGAUCCCAACAAUAGAGCCCAAGGGUUCCCUUUUCUCCACAUUCUCAGCAGCAUUUCUUGUCUCUUGUCUUUUUUAUGCUAGCUCUUCCAAUGGAUGUGAUGUGAUAUCACAUUGGAUUCUUGGCUUGCAUUUUUCUGAUGGUUAAUCAGGUUGUCUACCUGUUUAUCAUUUGUUUAUUUUCUCUAGGAAAAUGCCAGAGCACUGUACACCGCAUCUGGGUUCCAAGGGACAAGACCAGUCUCCACAGGGCCUUCAGGAUCCUCAUUUAGAUAGGCAUGGGUGGGAGCAGGGUCCCUCUUCUGACUGAGGUGAGGUUCCUUAUUUGUAAAGUAGACACCAAUGGAGAGGACAGGAAAGGAACAAAAGGGAGGCUUCUGAGGUCCUUUUCUUUGCCCUUGGAGCCCAUAGGUCCUGCUCCUUUGCCGCUGUGAUCUGGAAAGCCAAUGCCUUGAGGACACCCAAAUAAAGCUGUCCUUUUCUUUGGUGGUGACCUGCCUGGGGCUGUAGCUAGAGUUGGAGAACAUGAGGCAGGAAACCUCCUCUGCAAUGGUACCUAGGGACUUCUGCUGGAGGAAUUGCAGAGGAAAACUCAUUGUGGUCAUCCCCCUACCCAGAGACAACUUGAAACUCUUUGUGGCAUUUCUCCCUACAGUCUAGCUGGUUAAAAGGGGAAGUGGGUUCAAAGAACUUCUCAUUGAUUCAUUCCAUAACUAGGCACUAAGUACUCGCCCUAUGCCAGGUACCUUGGUGGGCCCAUGGAUGAAGCUAAAAACACCAUGAGCUCCUGCCUAAAGGAACUGGAGGUGGACAAAAGCACAAAACCAAAGACACAUGAAAGAAAAGAGCAAAUGCUAUAUGAUACACAAAACUGUAUGCCGAGAAGGAAAGUUGGGGAAUUAUUGGAGAGAAAAGUAUGAAAGGUCUCAGUGAGGGUGACAUUCCUGAGAACAGAAUAACAAAAGGGAGUUAGAUCUGGAGACACUGUGUUGGGAAGAAAGGACCCCAAUGCAGAUACUCAAAACAGACGCUGGUUUGGCAAGAAGAGGUUAAAAGGACAGCCAGCGUGGCUACGAGGAAAGGAGGAGGAGAUGUGAGGAGAGGGAAGAGUGCAGGGAUGCUGAGGCCUGGUAGACUGUUAGUUAUCUACUGUUCCUCCGUUACCGUGUUGCCCCAAUACCUUGCAUAUUACAGUUCAUUAUUUAAUUUCUCAUCAGUUUUGUAGUCAUGUGUAUCCAAGUUCUAUACAGCGAUUUCCAAACACCGUCUUCCAUUAGACUGGAGCUAGGUUCUAACUGCCAUAAAUGAGCACCUAGCGUAUGCCUUACAAGGCAUACACACUUGUGCUCAUAAAUGAGCACCUAGUGUAUGCCUUACAAGGCAUACACACUCCUGAGAGUAGAGCUUAUGGCCUGUACCUCCCACAUGCUGACUGCCUUUACGCUUCUUUCCACAGGAUUUCGGUCAAUGCGGGACAGAAGUUGUGUGAGCAGCAAGUGUAUCCAAGUUCAAUCCAGCGACUUCCGAGGAAUUCCUCCCUUAGGUUGGAGCUACAUACUAACUUCCAUACCUGAGAAGCCAGUUGAAAGCUGUCUCCAUGGGGAGCUUCCUUCUGCGAGUUGAGCUGAGGCAGUCUCCCAGUUCCACACUGCCUGCAGAUGGAGUUUCGAAAACACCCUCAAUAGAGGUGUUGGUUAGAAGCUGGUGGGAGGCAAGUGGCAAGCUGCGGUCUUGGAAGGAUUGUGACUCUGAGUCCAGGAGAGCAGAAUUUAUGGAAGUUCCUCAGGAUGCUGCUGCGUUCUCACUCCAUGGGAACGCACCGAGUUGAAAGCUGGCUUCUAGGCAUGCUUGCUUGUGAGAGCUGAGCUCAGGGCAGGACCCGCCCGUAUCCUGACUGCGUGGGGACUUAGCUCCUAAAUCCUUAGCUUCGGUUCUCACACAGGUUGGGUGAAAAACAUGUGGAAGUGGCAGGCAUGUAGACAUUUUAUCCGAGUUCAAUACAGCGACAUCCAAACACCAUCUUCAAAUCGAGAGGAGCUAUGUUCUAACUGCCAUAAAUGAGUGCCUAGCGGACAGCUGUCUCCCAAGCAUACAGACUCCUGAGAGUUUAGCUUAUGGCCUGUAACUCCGACAUGCUGACUGCCAAGAUGCUGGAGCCCCGAGAUGCUCUGGGAUGGGCAGGCACGCGGUCCCCCCACAGAGUCCAGCCCAGGGACACCUGCAAAGGCCUGGGGAUGCGCUCAGGGCCACAGACACCCCGGCUGCAUGUCCUCAGGGCAGGCAGCCACAUGGGGCUGGUGGUGUUCCGGGGACAGGCCAGGACAGGGGAGGAGAGGUGCCAGGGCCUGCCAGGAGCAGGGUGCGGGGAGCGCUGGCUCCCAGGGGGGCGUGCAGGGUAGUGGCUGCUCCAGGGCUGGAGAGGGCUCUGGCAGCGCUCGGGGAGCUGGGAGCUGCACACCCCAUGGCAGGAGCCACAUGGAGGCACACGGAAAACCCAGGAUGCACAUAACCCCGGCACGCUGCACGUGUGAGGUCACCGCCUGUCCCCGUGCACAGACCUGACCCCAGAGAUCGGUCCCCACGGACAGGACCUGAGAACCGCAGGGCCUGCGGGGCGGGUGUCCACACCUCGGCGGUCUUGCUGGCCAGGGGCUGACUGAGCAGAGCCCCCCGUUGUCCCCCCUCCUAGGCAGCGAGCCCUGUUCCACGUGCUGGCGGCCUACUCGGUGUACGACACCGAGGAGGGCUACUGCCAGGGCACGAGUGAGAUCGCGGCCAUCGUCCUCAUGUUCCUGCCAGAGGAGGACGCCUUCUGGGCGCUGGCCCAGCUGAUGACCGACGACAGGCACGCCAUGCACGGCUUCUUCAUUCCAGGGUUCCACAAACUGCCGAGGUUCCAGGCCCAUCACGAGCACGUUCUAGACAGAGCUCUCCCCAAGCUGAAGAAGCACAUGGAUGAGGAACAGAUGUGCACUGGCAUUUACACCCCCAAGUGGUUCCUUCAGUGCUUCAUUGACUGGACCCCUUUCUCGCUCACCCUGAAGCUCUGGGACGCCUACAUUCUGGACGGGGAGCAGGUGCUCACACUUAGGCUUACACCAUCCUCAAGGUGCACAGAAGUGAGCCCCUGGGAGCCCAGCGGGACCUGACGAGUUCCCCAGGAGGGCCCUGGGCCUAGAGCAAGUGUUCCCAGUGCCUGGGCCUCUCCUCCCUUCUCCGGCCUCUGAGACACCCCCCAGGGUGGAGGAGCCGGCCUCCCCGGGCCCAGCCACC